AUGGGGCCCUCGGGGUGGUUAGAAGCACGGACUAAUCAUCACGAAUAGUGGUUCUACUGGACAAUUGGGGGCGAAGACGCUGACCGGAAAGCGUCAGUGGUCACGUUGAUAUUCACGGUACUCUUCAUUCUUGGUCGAUACAUUCUUCCGAUUCCUUAUUGGUAUGUCUUCUCUUGUGCAUACUACUCAGAGGUGCAUCAGAUCUUGAAACCACACUUUCCCCGCUUCACCGACCUCUUCAUCUCCUGCCCUGUUUUCUUAGAUGUACUCAACAUUGUUUGGGGCCUUCCUAUCUAUGGAAUUUCGAAGAAGGCCUUGAUCACUCUAGGUUAUGUUAAGCAAAAUAAAAUAUCUACUGGUAACGGUUCAGUAGCAUGUCAAAUAAACGGUUCGGUUGAAGCAGUGUCGAACGGAAAAUUACACGAGCACUAG